UCGGACUUUAAACUCCCGAUCAGUUUAUUUUUAUCCACGUCCUUUCGAAAAUCUUAAUCCUUGUUGAUCAAUAGUAGCAAAAAAAAUUUUUUCAAAAAAAAAAUGCUAAACGAAAAAGAAAAAUCAAAUGAUUAUAACGAUUGGUUAAAAAACUCAAUCAAAGAUGAAUAUUUGAGUUAUUAUGAGCAUUCUAAUUUUAAAAUAACGAAAUCGAUAGGGUCUGGCCAUUUUGGAAAAGUUCUUUGCGCCAAUUUGAAAAAUACCGAUACCAUUUUCGCUUUGAAAUCAUUUAAUACUGAAUUUUCUCUUAAAGAUAUCGUCAAUGAGAUAAAAUUACAUAAACAUGUCGACUUUCACCAAAAUAUUUUGCGAUUUCAUGGUAUCACAUGGAUGGAAUCCGAAACAUUUCAACGAUCAUACUCGUUGGUUUUGCAAUACGCCGAUAGUGGCACGUUAGAAACUUAUUUAACGGAACACUUUAAUGAACUUGGUUGGAAUGAUAAACAUCAAUUAGCGUUUCAACUAGCAAGUGCCGUUGAAUGUAUACACAAUUUAGAUAUUAUUCAUUGUGAUCUGGUAUGUAAUUAUAACAUUAAUAUUAAUUUACUAUCUAUCUUAUUAUAUGUCAGCUCUCGAUAUAAUAAACCUCUAGAUUUCACCUUAAAUUCGUCGGUUAUAACGAUAAGAUUAUAGCAAAGAAUUUAAUAUGAGGGAUAUUUAACGUAUUUGAUUGGUUAAAUGACACGUGAUGGGAAAUUCGCUAUCGGGGAGCAGACUGCGGAAAAAAAAAAUUUUUUCUAAAUUCCUAAACAUUUUUUUUUCUUUUUUUAGCAUGCCAAUAACGUACUUGUACAUCAAAAAAAUAUUAAG